GGUUGAAAUGGACUCUCGCGCAGACAACUGUGGAAUUUACUGAGGUAAAAGAAAGCAUUAGCGUGUUGCCAACUGCCAAAUACUGUAUUAUUUCACCUGAAUCCAGUCGACAGAACAAGACGACUGAACUAUGUCGCUUAUUGAGGAGUAAGUGAGGUGGAUCAUACCCUCCCUAGAAUGGACAGCUAUUUUAAAGCUGCUGUGUGUGACCUGGACAAGCUUUUGGAUGACUUUGAACUCAAUGCAGAUGAGAUUGAAAACAAGUCUGGCACAUUCACAAGCCCAUCCUGUCCAGACUCCAAGCUCCUCACUGGUCAACAUUUGGGACUUCAAAGCUUUAUACCAGAGCAACAAACACAAAUAGUCCCAGAUCUCAAUACCCUGCACUAUGGACUUACAUCACCGAGUAUAUCCCUUAACCAAAAAGAUUCAUAUUUAAAUGAGCGACCUCUCACAGGUGUGGACCUCCUCUCCUCCGUUGACAACAGAGCCAUCACAAGUUCUGCGCCUCCCUGUCCGGAUAGGUCAUUGAAGCCUGUCUGUGAUCUUGUGAAUGAUACAGGGUCUGCCAACCUCCAUCAGGCUGAUAGUCAUGAAGACUUUAUAGAACAGGACGUUACCGAGACACAAAAUAAUGAAGUGCUGCUAGUGGAUUUUGACAGUCCAGUUGUAUCUUGUCCAGAAGACAUCUCGAAGCUCAGCCAGGGUGAAUUACAAAAACAUGAUACACAUGAAACAGAGUGUAACUCCCUUAACUUGCUGGAUGUCAUAUUGCCAGCAUCUCCAGAUAAGAAUUCUGAUCCUUAUGAUUCAAGCAACACAAAGACUUUAGAGAGUAAACAGUCAGACAUCCAAAGAACCAUUCCUGAAGAAUCCAACUCUAAUGACCAGACCAGCAAUAAUUCAGAUUCUAAUUCUAAUUCAGAUUCUACAGAUGAGCAGAUUUUGGCAGCCUGCGAUAAGCAGACCGUGUCAUUUCAGCCGGACUCAUCUGAUGCUCGACCUGCUGAUCAUGACAGCAUCAAAAAUCCAGAGCGUUCCUCCAAUAGUCCCUUCUCUGAGGAGUCUAGUUUGUCAUGCUUGCCAAUGGCUGUCUCAAUGUGUGGAACUCUUGUGUCCUCUUUUGACCCUCAGCAGCCAACAGUGCUUGCAACCAUAGAUGACGCCGACCCGGAGCAAAAAACAGCCGUUCAGGAAGCUGAGGAGUUGACUCUUCCGUUGCAAGAGCCUGUGAAUGUGUUCUCCUGUAGGCCUGAUUCCUCACCUGAAGAUGAACCUGAGCUAGUCCAGAUCAUGUCUAACCCAGAAGGAUCAUCUGCCAUCUCUGGUCAUUACCCUGGAAGAAACUUUAAACGCACCGUAUCGCCGACGGAUAAACUCGCCUGUAGAGAUUCUCCUCUUUAUGGGGAGAGCCCAAAUUAUUCCUAUGAGUUUGGAAUCGCGAACGAUUACCUUCCUGAAAGCGACCAGACCGUAAUGAUGGUUACAGAUGAGGAGCUAGAUGCCUUUUUGAUGGGUCAGGGUGCGAAAAUGAACUCUGGAUCAGCCACAGAAAAUCUUGUUGAUGAUGGUUUUUCCGAAUUUAAUGGAAAUAUGGAUGGAGACCCCUAUUUAGACGCAGAACUUCAAAGCUGCAAAGUCGAUUCGUUUGCGUCUCCUGAGAGUGAUGGCUCGCUUCAAUAUUUGGAAGAAAGUGAAGGUUCAAAUAUUUCUUCGUCUUCUCAGGACAGUAGCCCAUUGAGAGCAGACGCCACACCAACUGCUACCCAAGAAACCCUAACCAGCCCUGUUGAGAUUCAGUCCGCUUGUUUGCCAAAUUAUGGAGGGGCAAGACCAAAGCAGUCCAACCAAACCGUGCGGCCCCCAUCAGAAAGACACGAAACCACACAAGGUGAAGCCAAUAUGGCUGAUCCCGGUGGAGAUAAUAGAAUGCAUGUUUCACAAACUCCAAACCAGAAUGUAAGUAACUGUGAACCGCCAUCUUAUCAGCAAUACGAGGCCUGUUAUGGUCGCGAUGAGCUCUCAGAGCCUCCGCCUUACCCCGGAGAACCACUGGAGGACAGGGAGGCAUCUCUGGAUCAGCAUGGGAAUGAAGAUGAGGGUCUUGGUUCAAAACAGCCACCUUGGGUCCCUGACUCAGAAGCUCCCAACUGCAUGAAUUGUGAGCAAAAGUUCACAUUUACCAAGAGGAGACAUCAUUGCCGGGCAUGUGGAAAGGUGUACUGCGCAGCCUGCUGCAACCGUAAAUGCAGACUGAAAUAUAUGGAGAAAGAGGCCAGGGUCUGCGUCAUCUGCCACAUUACCAUACAGAAAGCUCAAGCCCAUGAUCGAAUGAUGAGCCCGACUGGGCCCAGUCCCAACCCCAACAUCCCAUCAGAGUACUGCUCCACCAUACCGCCCAUGCAGCAGGCCCGAGCCGCCGGCACCCUCAACUCACCCCCUCCCACCGUCAUGGUUCCCGUGUCUGUCCUCAAACACCCCGGUUUUCCACGUGAGCAGAAGCAUGUGUGGUUUGCAGACGGUAUUCUUCCAAACGGCGAGGUAGCAGACACAACAAAGCUCUCGGUCCAGACCCGAAGAUCCUCGCAGGAAUCCAGUCCCGUGACUCCAGAACCGCCAGGAUUUGAUGGUAACAUUCCUGAUGAAUGUGGGGAGAGUUCUGAGGGAAGAUCGGACGGCGCUGCUGAGGUGAGCCGUCCGCCCAUCAGGGGCCCGUGGGACUACGCUUUGCUCUGUGGAUUGAGCAGCUGUGUUCAGAAAGAUGUCAGUCUGGUGCCAGAGGAUGACGAUGGCUUACCUCCACUGCUCAUUACUACAGGAGAGGAGGAAGGAGGAGAUUUAUUAGUCGAGGAACGACCUGCUGUUUGCCAGAUAUUGUUGCUGUUGGAAGAGGGAGGACCUCUGCCUCUUACCUUUGUGCUCAACACCAAUUUAGUUGUGAAUGUCAAGCUUGUAACAUAUUGUGAGAAAAGAUGCUGGUGUAUGAGCUCUAAUGGUCUCCAGGGCGUUGGACAGAAGGAGCUGGUGUUUAUAAUCGAGUGUCUCCCAGAGGAGAACAGUUUGCCUAGAGAUGUAUUCAACCUUUAUGUUAGCAUAUACCAGGAUGCACAGAAUGGGAAAUUCGUCGAGCAUCUCAGUAACAUGACGUUCACAGACAGUUUUCUCGGCAGUAAAGAUCACGCUGGUGUGCUGUUCUUUUCUCACACCUUUCAGCCCUCGGAUGGUCUGGAUCUGCCCCCGGAGGUUUCUUACCUCUUUGGGCUUUUGAUUCAAAAGCUGGAGGUGCCCUGGGCUAAAGUUUUUCCCCUCCGACUGCUUCUCACUCUGGGGGCACAGUACAGCGUGUAUCCCUGCCCGCUGGUGAGUGUGCGUUUCCGUGAGUCAGUAUUUAAAGAGACGGGGCACACCAUCAUGAAUCUGCUCGCAGACCUGAGGAAUUACCAGUACAGUCUACCCGUUGUGGACAGCCUGCAGGUGCAUAUGGAGAUGGGCAACAGUUAUAUCGAAAUCCCCAAAUCCCGGUUUAAUGAGAUGCUGAAGGUCGUGAACUCCUCCAAUGAGCAUGUGAUCAGCUUCGGCGCAUGUUUCAGCACUGUGGCAGAUUCUCACCUGGUCUGCCUGCAGAACGAGGACGGAAGCUACCAGACGCAAGCUAACAGCAUCCCAGGAAAGACCAGGAGAGUGACUGGAGCUAGUUUCGUGGUCUUCAACGGGGCUCUGAAAGCCUCAUCAGGAUUCAUUGCAAAAUCUAGUAUUGUGGAGGAUGGGUUAAUGGUGCAGAUUCCUCCAGAGACCAUGGAGGGUUUGCGACAGGCCCUCAGGGACCAGACUGACUUUCAGAUACCUUGUGGAAAAGCAGAUACGGAGGAGACACGGGAAAACGUGACCGUGCGAUGGGUUGACUGGACUGCACCCCCCAGCACCGGAGUCACCAGCCCAGUCGAUGGCAGAUCUCUGGAGGGCGUGUCCAGCAUCAGGGUUCAACAGGACUCCGAGUUUGAGCUUGACGGCCGGAGCAUCAAGUGCACUGAGGUCUUCUAUCUGCUGAAGUCCCCAGACGUCUCGCUGCCUGCUGUUCUCACGUCAUCCGCUCAGUUCCAGAGAGAGAUCGCCACGGCCAGUUGCGCUGCUCUCUGUCCGCACCUUUCUGUCCUUAUGACCAAUGGAAUCAACCAUCUCGCCCUCAGAGUCUCCACAGACUCAGACAUGGUUGAGUACCAAGCGGGGUCUGCGGGACGUCUGCUCCCUCAAAAGUAUAUGAAUGACUUAGACGGGGCCCUGAUUCCAGUUAUCCACGGAGGAAGCUCCAGUGUCCCCCAUCAGGCCAUGGACAUGGAGUUUUUCUUCUACAUCACUCUGAAAAUCUGAGAUGUCUUCAUUUGAAAGCUGGUGGCUUAUAAUUUAUAUCUAUAGUCUGCCAGUGGGACCUUUUCAAUGGAAAGCAGUGAACUUCAGGUGUGGAGAGAUCUGAUAUUUGAGAAGGUAUAGAGGGUUUGAUAGAUUUUAAAGGACUUGAAAAAGCACUUCGGAGAAGUGGAACCAUAUUCGAGAUUCUGGUGUAUUAGAUCAAUCAAAUAAAAGUUGUGAAGAUUUGGUGAACACCGGCAGUCAUCGGUUGAAAGCAUCUGUUAGUUGAAUGCUGUUCUGAAUAGCUGAAUUGUUUUUGUAUGACUGAUGUCAGAUAUACCAAGAAUUAUAACCGUUAUUUGAUCAGGCACACGGCAAACAUAAUGCAUGUGAUGCACUGCGUUUAUAAGUCUGUGUUUCCUGAGCACGAAUUGUGAAUCUGCGGUGCGUUUUCGCCAUCUUUCAGAAGCCAGUGUUACCGUAAGAAGUGGCUUCAAGCCUGUUGACGGGUUCAUAUUAAGACCCCAAGUACUGAUUCUUGUACUUUCUACGUACAGAAACGGAUGCUUUGUCAUUUCUCUCACUUUAUGAAAUACGUCGAGGAUAAGAAGCAGUUUAAAUUGUAAAGAUGAAGUCAUCUGUUCAUUCGAUUAAGCUUUUAUUAAGCUUGAAUUCUAUUUUUGGAUCCAUGUGUUGACUAAAGGUGAUAUUUUUGAUAGUCUGCAAUUCUAGCCCAAACCUGACAGCAGAAUUGAGCUUAUAGCUCAGUGUGACGAUCACAACAUUGUUAGUUGUUUCCUUUAAACAGCAUAAAAAAACGAAGAGAAGUAGGGAAUGAAGGAUAAACACAUCAAGACUGUAUCUAUAUAAAGAUUUAUUUGAACAUUUAUGUGCUUUUUCCACAAUACUGCAUUGAUUGAAGAAAAAGUAAAAACAGAUCAGUCUAUUAACACUACACGUUUCGAGGUUGCCAUCAGCCCCAAAUGUUCAGAAGGGUCCUGUCAUAUCUGAACCUUUCAUGUUUUGCACCAUGUUACUUAUAGGGGCUGCCAAACGUCUACACUUCACUACUUGCUUUAUAAAAAUCAUGAGAGUUCUGGACUGAUUUUGAUCGAAAGAUGCUGGAUGAUGGUCCUGAUCUUAAGUAGCAGUUUUAUAAAUGCAAUAAAAGCCUUUUCUCUUAUUAUGAUUAAGCGGACUGAGGUCCUGCACAUUUAUUAUCAGCCUAAAUGAAUUUACAGCUGUAAAACAAAGCUGCAAAAAAUAUUUGUUUGAAUGAUGAUGUUUCUGAAGUUCGUUUUAAGUACUGCUUUCUGACAACAUUCUAGAUUCAAUUCUUGGAUAUAAAAAAUGCACUUUUACUGUGGUUGGAGAAAUGAAAGGCAGGACGAGUGAUUGUUGCGUAUUUUUAUUUUAUGUAUCCUUUGGGAUGAAAUACAAUAUAAACAGUGAUAAAUCAUUUUAUUUGAUACAUUGAGUUAUAAACAUUGAGUGAUAAAUUGACAUUUUAAACAAACUAAAUGAUUCUGCAGCUCUGCCUCAAACCAAAUGCGCAUAUAUAAUGAAUACAAAUGUUCAAAACUCAUAUGAUUGUCACCGAAAGAUUAAGAUUAAUGUCUGUGAAAUGAGUUUAUCAUUUUGUAGGCAUCUCACAUAUGAUCCCCUGGUUGCAGUGGAAUAGUUUGGGAGUCAAGUUAUUUUCUCACUGUUACAGAUUAAUUAAAAUCAUAACUAUUAAGUAUUUUGAUGCUCUACAAAAAGCUGUUAAGAUGUACCAGUGUGCAUAAUGUAUAUCUAUUUAUUCAUGAAACCAGAUUUAUUUGAUAAAUUGUCUGGUGUGGGACCUAAGGAUGUUCUUCAAACAUUCAUUUAUAUGUAUCUCAUAUAGAAUAAAAUUUUGAUAAAUAUG